GAGCCUAGGCGGGAUAAAACCGGUUGGCGAUGCCGGGUGGAUGGGAACAAACUUCAGAACGAGGAGAGACACCGGGCCCAGGGCACCCUCGGGGGCGGACCCAGGCAGUGAGGGCCUGUGGUCAGCCGGCCAGGGCAGCGGCGUGGCGGCGGGUGCGGCUGGGACCUGCGUGAAGGAAGCCCCGAGUGUUCGGCAGGCUGCGAGCGACUCCCCGGCCAUGCCUCACAACUCCAUCAGAUCCGGCCACGGCGGGCUGAACCAGCUGGGAGGGGCCUUUGUGAAUGGCAGGCCCCUGCCAGAAGUGGUCCGCCAGCGCAUCGUAGACCUGGCCCACCAGGGCGUGAGGCCCUGCGACAUCUCCCGCCAGCUCCGCGUCAGCCACGGCUGCGUCAGCAAGAUCCUUGGCAGUAGGUACUACGAGACUGGAAGCAUCCGGCCUGGAGUGAUAGGGGGCUCCAAGCCCAAGGUGGCCACCCCCAAGGUGGUGGAGAAGAUCGGGGACUACAAACGGCAGAACCCCACCAUGUUUGCCUGGGAGAUCCGAGACCGGCUCCUGGCGGAGGGCGUCUGUGACAAUGACACUGUGCCCAGUGUCAGCUCCAUCAACAGAAUCAUCCGGACCAAAGUGCAGCAACCCUUCAACCUCCCCAUGGAGAGCUGCGUGGCUACCAAGUCCCUGAGUCCAGGACACACACUGAUCCCCAGCUCAGCCGUCACGCCCCCCGAGUCCCCCCAGUCGGACUCCCUGGGCUCCACCUACUCCAUCAACGGGCUCCUGGGAAUCGCCCAGCCUGGCAGUGACAGCAAGAGGAAAAUGGAUGACAGUGACCAGGACAGCUGCCGGCUAAGCAUCGACUCUCAGAGCAGCAGCAGUGGGCCCCGGAAGCACCUCCGCACGGACGCCUUCAGCCAGCACCACCUGGAGCCCCUGGAGUGCCCAUUUGAGCGGCAGCAUUACCCCGACGCCUACGCCUCCCCAAGCCACACCAAAGGCGAGCAGGGCCUCUACCCGCUGCCCCUGCUCAACAGCGCCCUGGAGGACGGGAAGGCCACCUUGACCCCUUCCAAUACGCCCCUGGGGCGCAACCUGUCGACUCACCAGAGCUACCCCGUGGUGGCAGAUCCUCAUUCACCCUUCGCCAUAAAGCAGGAAACCCCCGAGCUGUCCAGUUCUAGCUCCACCCCUUCCUCUUUAUCUAGCUCCGCCUUUUUGGAUCUGCAGCAAGUCGGCGCCGGGGGCCCCGCGGGCGCCUCGGUCCCGCCCUUCAAUGCCUUUCCCCAUGCUGCCUCCGUGUACGGGCAGUUCACGGGCCAGGCCCUCCUCUCAGGGCGAGAGAUGGUGGGGCCCACGCUGCCUGGAUACCCGCCCCACAUCCCCACCAGUGGACAGGGCAGCUAUGCCUCUUCUGCCAUCGCGGGCAUGGUGGCAGGAAGUGAAUACUCUGGCAACACCUACGGCCACACCCCCUACUCCUCCUACAGUGAGGCCUGGCGCUUCCCCAACUCCAGCUUGCUGAGUUCCCCCUAUUAUUACAGUUCCACAUCAAGGCCGAGCGUGCCGCCCACCACUGCCACGGCCUUUGACCAUCUGUAAUUGCCAUGGGGACAGUGGGAGCGACCAGGCAGCAGGAGGACUUGACCUGGGACAGGCCCCAGAGAGUCACACAAAGGAAUCUUUAUUUAUUACAUGAAAAAUAACCACAAGUCCAGCGCGGCGGCCACUCCCUGUGUGGUUAAUGUAAUCAACCGCGAAAGACAGGAUGACCUUGGAGACAGCCAGACUGUCCUCCAGGACCCCUUAAUGGGGGCAGGAGUUCAAGGGAAAGAGGACCAUCCCGUUCCGAAAGACAGAACUAGAGAAGAAACCUUCCCUGGCUGGUAGACACCAAAGAAGAGACGAGAGAGCCCCGAGGAGCCGGAGGGGGCCCAGGUGGGACCCGCGUGGCUGUGCAUCAACUCGGUCCAGCAGACGUGGACUGUAAGCAAGUCCUCCCGCCCACAGGUCCAGCCCGCGCCACGGCGGCCCCCCAACGGGCGCCCCAUCCCCUCCCUCAGCCUCCGCGGUGGCCGCCUCUUCCUGCUGGUCUCCCGGGCAUGGGCUGCUCCUCGGCCACCCCCCACCCGUCGCCGACUGACCCCCGUUCCACCUGCUGCUUUGCAAGUGCCAGCCUCUCCUCCGGCGGCUCAUCUCUGUGGCAGCCGCCAUCCGCCAGACCAGCCAGAAGCCCGGGCCCUGGGAGGUGAGGUGUGGCCCUGCCCAGGGCAGAACCAGGCCGAAUGGCGGGAAAGGCCAAAAGAGGACACUCCCCUUCCCGGCUGCUCCUGCCAAGCCCCGCGAGCUACCUGCAGCCCUCCUGCGGCAGCCAGAGGACACCUGAGGCAGCCCGAGGCCCAACUGUAAAUACUGUAAAGGAAGCUCUGGUGGCCAGGCUUCCCUCCUCCCACCCCUAGACUGUGGCCUCUGAGCGAAUUGUCUCCCAGCACCUUGGGCUUCUCUCCUUGAUGCUUCUUUCUUUUUUAAAGAAACCCGCCAUUACCACAUGACUCAAUAAAACAUUGCUCUUCGCCUCAG